AUGUGGCAUGGUUACUUCAAAAGGGUGUUGUCCGGGUGGUGGACAUGGCUGAGUUCUCCCUUGGGGUUAGUAAAAAGAAGGCGGUGUGCAUGGCCACCGGCGUGGAGGGGGGAGGGACAAGCAGUCUGUGAGCAAGUUGUCACCGGGAAGUUUGUCUUCGGGGAACCGAGCGUCGUUGUGGAGCAUACACAGGGGAUGCAUGAUGCUGUAAAAUCUUUUAUGGAGACAGACUUUGCCUCCUAUCUUCGCCUUGGUGAGCUAGACAUGGAAGGCCUUCGCCAAUUGUGCCGCGAUCAGGAUGCUAAAGGGGACCAUCCUGAAGGUGACUCCUCCAAGACCAGGCCCUCCUCCAAUCCUCCUGGUGGUUUAUGCUGGCCACCGGUGAUCAUGUGCCCUUAUUUUUUCUUGUUGAGGUAA